CUGCUCUACAGUACAUCCAGCGCGGAUACCUGCUACUACGGCCAAGACUACGAUUCAUUCUUCUACCCUUCGCCGUUCUACUGGAAACCGCACUCGCUCUAUCUCAGGCUCCCGUCCUCCCUCGUCCUCUCCCGUCCUUACCACAACCACACUCACUCAUCCACUCACACACACACACACUCUCUCUCUCUCUCAGUCACGCUCCACCCUCCGUCUCUCUCUUGCUCCCGUCACUCCCUGCCGACGGUCCAUUUCAUCUUGUCCUGUCUCGAUCCACGCCGUUCCGUCUCAGUUCCUGCUCGCCUGUCCCCCAUCGGUGGGUCAUCCACCGUGCUCGCCAGGAACCACACUCACGCCAUCAGGAGCAGGCCUGGCCCGCCAUCGGCUCAAAUUACUGGCUGGCUGACAUCCCUGCCCCGAAAAAAGGUCCGUCCGCUUCUUCUCCCAAGCCGUCUCCUGCACUCGUUCCCCCGAUCCCCAUCUCGCGCGGCAAAUCUCAUUAGAUCUCCUCGCAAACCUCUUUCCACCUUCAUCAUCACCUUCGCCAUCAUUCUUCAUCGACCUCCCAUCCUUUCCCUCUGUCGGUGUCGCUCUUCGCGUCGCUCAACUCCUUCUGCGCCGUCCAAUCGCAACCGUGGUCGCUGUUCACUAGGUGCGUCAGCAUACAUCCCUUCCCACACCCCCUCCCCCCUUCCCGCCUCGCUUUCCCUCCCGCAAAGUGCUUGUACGUGUCUGCGUUUGCUGUUUGCUUCAGUCGUUGUUCCGCCUGUCUCUUGUCUGCUUGUCCAUCCAAGAGAGCGAGAAUCGCCCAGAUCGUGCUUGUCGGGGCGAGACAGACUCCAGCCGCGAGCACAGCAGUACGAGGCAUGCUCUAAUCUCUAUCGCACUGUUUUGUCUUCACUGACCGAAACGAACACCUGCGCGUCUGCAGCGCCAACCAUAACCGGCCCAAACCUUUAACCCCCUGCCCCUACCAAAACCUGCGUUCCAUCGCUAGGACCCCCCCAUAUUUCUAUCCAACCGUCCGUCAAAUCUCCCUCACAAAAGCUGCUCCCAUCAGCGAUCGCGCCCUCGACCUGCACCGCCUUUCCUCUGCCCCCUUGUACUCCGAUCCUGCAAAGACAUGCUCAUGACCAGAUCUGGAUUUCCCAACGUACUGACCAAGCUCGCGUCGCUAUAGAGGACGACAGUGCCAGAGACACGGCGAUCCUUGUUUCCCUCGCCUGGAAACCCUUUUUUUAAAGCAGUCCCCUGACGGAUUCGGCUCCGAUCCAUUCUCUCAACCACCACCACUCCCAUCACCAGUGGCAUCCCGCCCGCUCUUUCUCCACCACACUUAGCAUCGAACACACUCGCAAACCGUCGACAAGAUGGGUUGUGGAAUGAGCACGGAGGAGAAGGAGGGCAAGGCCCGGAACGAGGAGAUUGAGAACCAGCUCAAGAAGGAUCGCAUGAUGCAGCGCAACGAGAUCAAAAUGCUUCUGCUCGGCGCUGGUGAAUCUGGCAAAUCUACCAUACUCAAGCAGAUGAAGCUCAUCCACGAGGGUGGCUACUCGAGAGAUGAGCGCGAGUCUUUCAAGGAAAUCAUCUUCUCCAACACAGUUCAGUCCAUGCGCGUCAUACUCGAGGCCAUGGAGUCAUUAGAGCUGCCACUGGAGGAUCAGCGCGCGGAGUAUCACGUCCAAACCAUCUUCAUGCAGCCCUCACAGAUCGAAGGUGACCGCUUGGAUCCUGCCGUUGGCAACGCUAUCGCAGUCCUAUGGAGGGAUGCUGGCGUGCAGGCCUGCUUCCAGCGAUCGCGCGAGUACCAACUCAAUGACUCCGCCAAAUACUACUUCGACUCAAUCGACCGCAUCGCCGCACCGGACUACGUGCCCAACGACCAGGACGUGCUUCGCUCGCGUGUCAAGACAACUGGUAUCACGGAAACCACCUUCAUCAUUGGCGACCUGACGUAUCGUAUGUUCGACGUGGGUGGUCAACGCUCUGAGCGGAAGAAGUGGAUUCACUGCUUCGAGAACGUGACCACAAUUCUCUUCCUCGUCGCCAUCUCCGAGUACGAUCAGCUGCUGUUCGAGGACGAAACAGUGAACCGCAUGCAGGAGGCUCUCACUUUGUUCGACAGCAUUUGCAACUCGCGCUGGUUCGUCAAGACGAGCAUUAUUCUGUUCCUCAACAAGAUCGACCGCUUCAAGGAGAAGUUGCCUGUCUCGCCGAUGAGGAACUACUUCCCAGAUUAUGAGGGAGGCGCGGACUAUGCGGCGGCUUGCGACUACAUCCUCAACCGCUUCGUGAGCCUGAACCAGCACGAGACCAAGCAGAUCUACACGCACUUCACAUGUGCCACAGACACCAUGCAGAUACGAUUCGUCAUGGCUGCUGUGAACGAUAUUAUUAUCCAGGAGAACUUGAGGAUGUGCGGUCUAAUUUAACGAGACAUCGUCGACGCUGCGUUCAACACAAAAAUCUUCAACGUCACGCAAUUGUUAUGAGAAGAGGUUCAUAAAACUCACAACUCGCACAACCUUUUUUUCUCCGCCUUCGAGACAUCUGAGCCACGCGAGAGGGCUUGCAUGCAAAACUUCAUGUCAUGGCUACCUUUCGUCCCUGUCGUUCACCGCGUCCUAAAUUCCACGCUCCGCAAACUCCCUCCAGCAUCACGGCGUUCUUUGCGGAAACAUCACGAGCCUGUUUUCUGUGGUUUUUACUUUAAACAUCACUUAUGUAAUCUGAUGGGUGGCUUUGCGGGCUCCCUUUGCGGUAUGCGCCGCCUCUUUUUUUUUUUUUUCU